UUUGUUUUUCUUUUUUAUUAGGAUAAUUCAGGAAAAUAUUCCUUGUUUAACAACAAGAAAAGUGGAAGUGAGUUCAGUUGGACAGACAAAACUACUAGUAACAUUGUUUAUUACAAUGCCACGGAUCCGUCGGGGAACACAGCCGUUUGCAAAUUUGUAGUUAAAGUUAAACCUUAUUCUUGUCCAUAUUAUAAUCCACCUGCAAAUGGAGUGCUGACUUGCGAUACAUGGGCAGAUGGACGACUAUGCAGUGUGUUUUGCCACGAAGGAUAUGAAUUCGUCGGCAAUAAAAAUGUUCAUAAAUUAUAUAUGUGUGAUCAAAGAGUGAGAAACGGAAAGAGUGUAAGCAAGUGGAUCCCAUUUCCCUCCGCUGGGCAAUCUCCAGACACUUUUAAGGUGCCAUGGCCCGACUGUUCAAAAAUGCGCAGCCCUAAAGCUCUAAACAUUUCAUUGGAAAUGUCGUAUCCCGUGCAAUACUGCACAGAAGAAGUUAUAAAGGAAAUGAAAGAAAGGUUUAUCAAAACUCUCAAGGUUCAGUCUCAGAAUGAAAAGAUUUUUAAAAUGAUAUGCCCUAAGGACAAGGGCUGCAGUCCUGAAAAUGUAAACAUAACUUGCAGCGAAGCACUAUCAAGAGUUAGGAGGAGUCUCAGAAUAAGUGAUGUUCACGCUGCUAAACCCUAUGAAUUGGAGAUCCUGAAACAUUCGCCUAGUGAGUCUAGAUAUCGUCGAUUCCUGAAGCCAGAUGUGCAUCCAGUACUCAAAAUUUCAUUUAGUUUAGAGUUGCAUACGAAUGAGUCUGAUACCACGGAGGAGAAACCGAAUGAGGAGAAUAUAAUAGAUGAACUAAAUAAAGAACCGGACUCUCUUCUAACCUACAUGAACGAAAAGGUAUCUGGAAACAUAAAAGAUGUUUACAACCUAACGUCUGUACCCAGUCCUGAAAUCAAUUACGAAAUCAUGGCUGUGUGCUCCAUUGGUCAAAUUAGAGUGAGAAAUUCUUGCCUCAAUUGUCCGGCUGGAACGUUCAAGGAUGAUAUAACAGAGUCAUGUAAAGAAUGCCCAACAGCAACAUAUCAAGAUAAGGAAAAAAGCUUAUCCUGCUUGCCUUGUCCGAAAGGGUACACUACAUACAGUAUCAUGUCUAAAUCCCUAGAAGACUGUAAAGCUCCUUGCCUUCCUGGAACGUAUUCGAAUACAACUUUUGAGCCAUGCUUAACAUGUUCUUUGCACACUUAUCAAGAAUACAGUGGAAGAAAAGACUGUCGUAAAUGCUCUCCUGGUUUAUACACAUCAAGAGUGGGAAGUAAUUCAUCGAGUGAUUGUGCUU